GUCUGAUAAUGUCUAGGCGAGCCUGGUUGGUGAUUGAACCUAUAUUUAGUCAGUUCUCAAGCCACUUGCGCAUGCACCCCCGAUAUAUACUAGAACUGGAUUGCCAACAUUCGUGCAACCGCACAGGUUCUAACUAGUAUCUCCCCAGACCUUAGUCUAUAUAAGUAUAUCUCUCUAUCUUCUAUCCCUUCCACCAUCACCAAAAGUCUGUACGAAACCCCCUUCAGCCUAUCUCAGGUCGGAUACGAUAAUUUAUACCAAAACAACAUACGCUAUCUCUUCCAGACACUUACUCGGAUCGGGAACCCCACAGGAGCAAGUUAACAAUCUUCAUAUCGGCAAUGGCGACAAAUCUCCCUUGGAUCUUCUUAGUUCGGGUUGCUCAGGUUAUUUUCGCCGUCAUCGUUCUUGGCUUGACGGCAUAUUACAUCAGCUGGUACAGCUACAGUGACACCGUGAACUUCAUGCUAUUCAACGGAAUAUGGACAGCCUUUGUCGCCACGCCUUACCUUGCUCUCUCACCCAUGUACUCCCCACGGAUCGCCCAUAUAUUCAUCAUGUUAGCGGUCGAGGCAGUCACCAUGAUCUUCUGGUUCGCAGGCUUCAUCGCCUUGAGUGUUUAUCUGCCACCGUCAGAAUUUUGCCACUGGAGCAGGUGUCGAGCACUGCAGGCUGCGACCGUCUUUGGGGCAUUUGAAUGGGCACUAUUUGUCGCUACCACUGUCGUAGCAACUUUCGAGAUGAUGCGAUCUCGGUCCAAUAGUGCGAGUACGAAGCCUGGCCCGUAUGCUUCCGGUCACGCUGCUGUGUGAACAAAGGAAUCGAAGUAAAGCAGAGGCGAUCAAUUAAGUGACGUCAUAAGAAGGGCCUCGCAUGCGCCCAAAGAUUUUUGAUACCACUCAAAUUCUCCAGUCGCGAUAAAGACGACGAUGCGGAUUUUGAAGCCAAUGACCGUGCCAGAAAAGCAAUAUGAGUAUUUAGGAGAGGAUGCUAGGUGCCGUGACGCGGCGUUUUUCUCAAGGGGUUUGUUUCCAACUUACGUUCAGGAUAUCCAUGUCUAAUUUAACCAACUUAACCAACUUGAGCUCAUGCCGUGCUCAAUAUUCGUGCUAUGGCAGAAACCUUUUCGGUUUGUUUUUACUCACAUACAACAUAUAGUCAUUGUCGGGAUGGGGAACAAUGAUCAUGCCUACAAGACAAAUAGACCGACCCACAAUUUGUGCA